UAACUUCAGUGCGAGCUUGACGUCUUAGACGACACCGGAGAACCCGUUCACGAGGGACGACAGCUAUCGUGAGAACUUCAAGACCAUCAGGCCCACAUCGGUCGUCACCAGACAGAUGAAGGAACAUGAGAACGAACAGAGGCAACAAUUUUCAGGUUACAAGAGGAUGAGGAGGCAGCAUCAGAAACAGAUCCAGCAGCUGGAGACGAAGCUCAAGCAAGAGAUGGAUGAACUGAGAGAUAAACUAGAUAAAGAAUUCAACCAGUGUGUGCAAGCUAAUGUCAAAGAACUUGAUAAGCUCUUAGGAAGGCAUACAACAGAUCUGGAGAAAAAGGAGAAAGCAGCUGCCACUGAGGAGAAGAAACUCCUGAAGACAAUCACAUUCCAGAAGGAAUCUGAAUUGAAAGCCUUCCAGCUCAAACAGAAGAAAGACUACAAACAUAACAAGGAACAAAUGAGAAAAGAAUUGGACAGUACUCCGAAGAAGGAGCACGAGGCCCGCAUGCGGCUCCACAAGGAAUCGCUCCACCAGGAGCAGCAGAGGGCAGAGAAUGACCUGCAGGAAAGGCAGAACCAGAAGCUGGACAAGGAGAUGAGGAAACUCAAGGGCAAACUCCUGCUCAGCAAGCAGACAAUCGAACAAGACCAGCUCUUAGAAAUACAUUGUGUAAUUGCAUAUUGA